AGCUGCAGCCUUCAUUAAUAUGCCACCUCCCAGCCAAUGGACUGAGCAAGGCGGAUGACAUCAUGAGCUAGGGAACAGUGAGCAGCCAGUGAAGCGUCCAGCCUGCCGAACAAGGCUGAGUUUAGGGUCAGGAACCGGUCUGACAAGAGAAUGGCAAUCCUGCCUGUAAACUGUCAAUAGGACUUAACAGUUAAGGAUGAACCUACCAGAACACUGGAUCCAAAGGGGACACACCGAACAAGAGAAUGUCAAGACAUAUUUCAGGAUACUGUGAGUGUUACUAAAGAUGUCCGAUAGUGUCGAUAUUGAAGAGAAACCGCCAGCCCCUCCCUUGAGAAUGAACAGUAGUUCCCGAGACUCUUCAUCAGUGAAUCACGGCUCCAAACCUCUCCCAAUGGCUCCUGAAGAGAAGAACAAGAAGGUUCGCCUGCGCUCCAUCUUCCCUGGAGGAGACAAGACAAACAAGAAGAAGGAGAAGGAGCGUCCUGAGAUCUCCCUGCCCUCAGACUUUGAGCACACCAUCCAUGUUGGUUUUGACGCUGUUACAGGGGAGUUCACUGGCAUCCCAGAGCAGUGGGCGCGCCUCCUUCAGACCUCCAACAUCACCAAGCUGGAGCAGAAGAAGAACCCUCAGGCCGUGCUGGACGUGCUCAAGUUCUACGACUCCAAAGAGACGGUCAACAACCAGAAAUACAUGAGUUUCACCUCCGGAGACAAAUCCGCACAUGGAUACAUAGCAGUCAACACUCUGAACCGACUGCUGUCGUCUGGGCCUCCUGUCAGCCAUAGAACCUGCAGUGCAUUAUUUGACAAGGGUGCAAAGACAUCCACAGAGCCCCCGAUAGCGCCCCCUGUGUCAGAGGAGGAGGAGGAGGAGGAGGAAGAAGAGGAGGAGGACGACGAUGAUGACAAUGAGCUUCCGCCCGUCAUCGCACCUCGACCUGAGCACACUAAAUCUAUAUACACCCGCUCUGUCAUCGAGCCCUUGGCGCCUCCCGCCCCUGUGAAGGAGGUCACAACCCCGCCGGAGUCCCAGGUCUUGCCAGAGAACACAUCCAGCACUCUGUACCGCAACACCGACCGGCAGAAGAAGAAGUCCAAGAUGACAGAUGAGGAGAUUCUGGAGCGACUGAGGAGCAUUGUCAGUGUGGGGGACCCCAAAAAGAAGUACACACGCUUUGAGAAAAUAGGACAAGGGGCAUCUGGCACUGUAUACACAGCCAUUGACAUUGCUACUGGCCAGGAGGUGGCCAUCAAGCAGAUGAACCUCCAGCAGCAGCCCAAGAAGGAGCUCAUCAUCAAUGAGAUCCUGGUGAUGAGGGAAAACAAAAACCCAAACAUAGUCAACUACCUGGACAGUUACCUGGUAGGGGAUGAGCUGUGGGUAGUGAUGGAGUACCUGGCUGGAGGCUCACUGACUGAUGUCGUGACUGAGACCUGCAUGGACGAGGGCCAGAUCGCUGCAGUCUGCAGAGAGUGUCUGCAGGCUCUGGACUUUCUGCACUCCAACCAGGUGAUCCACAGAGACAUCAAGAGUGACAACAUCCUGCUGGGCAUGGACGGCUCGGUCAAGCUCACCGACUUCGGGUUCUGUGCCCAGAUCACCCCAGAGCAGAACAAGCGCAGCACCAUGGUGGGCACGCCCUACUGGAUGGCACCCGAGGUGGUGACCCGCAAGGCCUACGGGCCCAAGGUGGACAUCUGGUCCCUGGGUAUCAUGGCCAUAGAGAUGGUGGAGGGUGAACCUCCCUACCUGAAUGAGAACCCUCUCAGAGCGCUGUACCUUAUCGCCACCAACGGGACUCCAGAGCUCCAGAACCCUGAGCGAUUGACCUCCGUGUUCAGAGACUUCCUCAACCGUUGCCUGGAGAUGGACGUGGACCGCAGAGGCUCAGCCAAGGAGCUCCUCCAGCAUUCGUUCCUGAAGUUAGCCAAGCCCCUGUCCAGCCUGAGCCCCCUGAUUGUUGCAGCCAAGGAGGCCAUCAAGAACAGCAGCCGCUAGGAGGCACUGUGUGUCCACACACAGAGCUGGACCCUGCUCCAUGGGGUUGUGAGACAGGCAGCACAGGGAUAAACAGUAACCAACCCCCCUGCUGCCUCAUACAGAGGAUGGACAGCUGGCCUACAGGGCCUCUCAGCGGCUGAGAUGCUGCUACUGAAUCACCUUCCUGCCUCCUCUUUUAGUCCGCCAGCAUUCUGUACAUGUGGAGCAGUCCAUCGGUACUGUGUAAGUGUGUGUGUGUGUGUGUGUAAGUGUGUGUGUGUGUGUGUGUAAGCUUGUGUGUGUGUAAGGGUGUGUGUGUGUGUGUGUGUGUAAGUGUGUGUGUCCUGUGAGGGGAGUAGAUGCUCCUUAACAAAAACACAAAAAAAGAGAAAAUACAAAGAAAAAACUUGUGCUCCUUUUCAAGAGGGAGAGAUCCAGGAAGCACUGAGAGCUUGUGAUUCCUUCCCUUUCCUUCCCUUUCUGUCCAGCGAUCACCUCGGUUCCCUUUUCUUCUAGGUCUUUCCGAUAAGGCCUCUCCUGCAUUGAACAUUUUACAUGAGAGACAGACUCUGGGACUCGGGAACCGACAUAUGCCUGCAUGACUUUGGCUCUGUGUAACCAACUUGCAACCUGCUCAUCCUCUGUGUGUGUGUGUGUGUGUGUGUGUGUGUGUGUGUGUGUGUGUGUGUGUGUGUGUGUGUGUGUGUGUGUGUGUGUGUGUGUGUGUGUGUGUGUGUGUGUGUGUGUGCGUGUGCGUGUGCGCGCGCGCGUGUGCGUGUGUGCGUGCGUUUUUUGCAAGCCAUUUGGCUUACUCCAGGACAUAGCUGUAAUUCCUUGGAUACCCUAAACUUCCUAGAUGUUCAGAGAUCUGACAUAGAGAAUGACUGGGCCAAGGCUGUAGUGGAGGCUGAUUCAAUCACUACUGCCUCUCGGAUGGGCUACUGUGUGUUCACGUUUCCAAAGUCAAAAGCUUUGAAAACAUUUUCCAAUUCUUCAAGUUCAAGUAUGAAACCCAUGUUAUGGACUUACUACCUGUAGUUAGUUCAAAUCGAUUUAGUAAAUUAAUUUAUUUGUAAUUGUUUGUCCAGAGUCAAUUUCCAAUCAGAACGUCUGAGACGCGUGGUCCGUUAGAAAGAUUCUGAAGGUGUCACAAUCUAUUGCAGGACACUAGACUGGACAGACUAGACUGGACAGGACAGACUAGACUGGACAGACUAGACAGGACAGGACAGACUAGACUGGACAGACUAGACAGGACAGGACAGACUAGACUGGACAGACUAGACUGG